CUGGUUUCGCGGAGCUGUUUGGUGUUUGGAUUAAUCUCCAGCAUGGAAUACACAAUCAAAAUUCAAAUCCAGGAGGGUGGUUGUCUUGUAUCCUGAAGAAAUCUGCUCAUUUGGAAAGAUGGAGAAGGAUUUGUCAUCUACACCAACUGUUGUCAGCACUCAGGGGUCGUGCCCUGUCCUGGAUGGACCCUCUUGUCCCUCCCCCAUGCAAAUUCCUCCUUCUCCCAUUUCCAGUAACCUCCCUGCUUCUCCCACUCAGCAAGAAAAAUCACCAUCCUCUUUGGAACCCAGAAAAUUACCUUUUUCUUCUGCGCCAUCUACACAUAUCAUCUCGAAACAGAUGGAUUCCCCUCUUUCCUUAGACAAGUCAAAGCCCUUAUCUCCUGCUGUGUCCCCUAGCCCCAUAUGUAAGACCGUUUCCACUAAUCCCCCCCUUACUGCUCCAAUCAAAACAUCCCUUCCUGCUUCUCUCAACCUCACUAGCUCUCAAACCACCACAGUUUCACCCACUUCCAAGCCAACAUCUGCCUCCUCCACUGUUAUUACCACUAUGGCUUCCACACCUUCUUCCACAGCUUCUGCCAAACGCACCUUUGCUUCAAUGGCCAAACGGGUAAUAAUACAGGAAAGACUUAGAAAAGCUGAAGAAGAUGAGGCCAUUGAUGAAGAGGAUGAUGAAGAACCAGAGGAAGAUAUGUCCGUGGAGCAGCUUAAGGAGAAGGCUACAGGCGGUGAUGCCAGAGCUCAGACCCGUCUGGGUCAGCACUACUUGAGUCUUGCUGAAGAGAAGGAUAAUGAAUUAAAUAAUCGUCUGGCUGUAAACUGGCUUAUUAAAGCAGCAAAACAGGGAAGAAAGGGUGCAGCAAAAAUACUGCAGCGCUGUUGGAUCCAGAAGAAAGGAAUCACUCCAGAGAAUGAGACUGAUGUGCGCAGGUUGUCGACAGAGAGUAAGUUUGAGCUGGCAGUACGCAAAGCAGCCAUGAUGAUGUACUGGAAGCUAAACCCAGACAGGAAAAAGAAGGUGGCUGUAUCUGAGAUACUGGAAAAUGUCAGUCAGGUGAACGCAGUUCCAGGUGGCACUGCAAGCAGGGUUCCUGGGCCAACUUCGAACCAAGCCCAGAGAGUCUUGGAGAGCAUGGUCAGCAAUGAAUCCAAUCAGAUGGUGGACCUGGAUGACUUUGUUGAGAUGACUAAAAAUUAUGCACAGGGUAUUGCCCCUGGUGUUCCCAAAAUUGGCAGCCAGAUCUCAGCCAAAACUGAAAGCCCCACAUCUCAUGACGGUCCCAGGGAGCACAAGGCUGAGCUGGUCCCAUCAGGAUGCAAGAAGUCAAGCAAGAGUUCUUGGGGCUUUGGCCGAAGUGGGAUGAUGCUGCCUAGCAGUGAGACCGGAGCCAUUAAAAGGGCCAUGGACAUGAAGUCACGCUUAAUAAUGCUGCAGUACCCGUUGCAUGCAGUUGUUGAGAUGAAGGAGCACCUUGUUGAUUGGGCAUCACGGGCCGGCGUCCAGUGGCUGAGCACGAUCAUUCCAACGCAACACGUCAACGCUCUGAUUUUCUUCUUCAUCAUCAGCAACUUGACAGUUGACUUGUUUGCUUUUGUUAUCCCUCUGCUCGUCUUCUACCUCUCCUUCAUCUCCAUGAUCAUCUGCACUCUGCGUAUUUUCCAGAGCAGCAAGACCUGGGAGAACUUUAGCACCCUGACAUCUCUGCUGACACGUUUUGAACCUGGCCUUGACGUGGAGCAAGCAGAGACAAACUUUGGCUGGAACAACCUUGAACCGUAUCUCUAUUUUAUCUUCUCCGUCUUCUUUGUAAUUUUCUCCUUCCCUGUAGCGGACAAGAACUGGAUCCCCUGCUCUGAGCUCUCGACUGUGGCCAUCUUCUUUACUGCUGUCAGCUACCAUAGCCUCAGCCCAAAGGCUGCAGAAUAUGCACGCCGGGCAAUGGUCAUAGAGAUGGCAUCAUCUUUGUGUUGCCUGACACAGUUCUUGCCAGAAAACCUGAUGGUGCUUCGUUUACUGGGACGCACCUUCACGACUCUGCCACUGGGGGAGUCUGUGGUGCUGAAGCUCAGUCUCCCGUGCCUGCUUUAUGUUUACCUGUUCUGUUUGUUCUUCAGCAUGGCAAGGAUGCGUGGUUUCCGGGGGACUUACUGCUUCCUGGUUCCAUAUCUUGUGUGCUUCAUGUGGUGUGAAUUCUCAGUGGUCCUCCUCCAGAAUUCCUCUGCUGUGGGUCUAAUCCGCACUUGUGUAGCUUACUUUCUCUUCCUGUUUGCGCUGCCCGUUCUGGCAUUUGGUCUUGCCACCAUGCUCUUCAUCCAAGUGUUUAAAUGGUUCCUUGAGCUGGAACUGACAAAGAUGAUUGUGACCUUAGUAAUAUGUGCGAUCCCUGUCACUCUUCGGCUGUGGACUCGGUUCAGCAUGUCCAUUCUGAAUGUCUUUCGCUCACUCACACAUCGGGGCCCAGUCAGACUCAUCUUACUCUGCAUCUCCAUGGUUCUGCUAUUCUUCUCGGUCUAUGUGUACCAUGCAGAAGGUGAGAAGGUGUACAACUCCACCCUUACUUGGAGUCAGUAUAGCCGGGUCUGUGGGCCCCCUGCUUGGGAAACCAAAGGCGUAGCCCAGACACAAAUCUUCUGCAGCCACCUGCAUGGUCACAGAGUCACCUGGGCUGGGCGUUUCAAGCAUGUCCGUGUGGCCGAAACAGAGAAUGGAGCACAGUCUGUUAUCAACAUGUUGCCGGUGUUCAUGGGAGAAUGGCUGCGCUGCUUGUAUGGUGAGACCUAUCCCAAAUGUGAGCCAAAGAAUGCUACAGUUGCAAAUCUAACAGCUGCAGAUUUGACAGCCAGUUCUGUGACUGUUUCACUGCCAAUACUCCUUCAAAUGCAAGAAGAGACAGAAUUGUGUCAGAUCAAGGCUCUAGCUAAACAUACCUGCCAUGUCAAGCGCUUCGACAGCUACCGCUUUGAAGUGACCGUGGGAAUUAUCCAGGAUGGAAGUGCAGAGAGAGAGGACCCGGCCAGGGAUAUAAUCCUAAUGGCCAGUCAUGAGUUCAGACAGGUUCUUCUAAAUCUGACCCCUGGUAAUAAGGUGGAGUUUAGCACCAAACUGGAAGGACGUCUAGGAGCCAGAGCUCCAGCCUUUGAGUUGAAAGCAAUCCACUGUCUGGACUGUCCUUCUUCACUGCUGACUGGAGGCAGGCAAGUGAAGAUAGAGAGAAACUGGAGACGUACCACAAUGAAAGCUCUGAAGUUUGCAUUUGAUUUUUUCUUUUCUCCAUUUUUGUCAGCAAACAUUACCUAA